GAUAGAUAAAUGUUUAAAUAGCUACUUUAUCUGUUUUCACAUUUUCAAAAAAGACAGUGAUUCAUAAAUGACUUUAUAAAUAACUUUAGUAACAAAGUUAACUUGCUGAGAGAGAUUGGGCAGUUUAAUACUAAUCAUGAUGUACCAAGGAGCACAACCAGUUCAAACAGUUAUUGGACCAGCACCUGCUCCACAUGUAGUUGUGCCCACCACUCAAAGUACUUUAAAUGUGGCUGCUGUUCGUGGAUUAGGUAUCACGCAAAUUAUAAUUGGAAUAGUUUCGGUUGGGUGUGGAAUUGUGGCAGCUGUUGGAUUGCACAGCAAUUGGGUCAACAGUGUUGGAUACGCCAUAUGGGCCGGCAUUUGGAUUAUUAUUACCGGAAUACUCGGUGUUUCGUCAGCAUCUAAUCCAAACAAUCGUUGUUUGGUGGGCACGUCAAUGGCGUUCAACUUUGUGUCAACGUUGAUAUCAUUUUCUCAUGGCAUAACAUACGCAAUUGCUUUAUGGCUCUACUCUAGCUGCUCUUCGUAUGCGUAUUAUUAUUACAACUACUACAACUACAAUCGCUACUAUUUCAAGGAUUCAUUUGGUUGCAAUAAACAUAAAAAAGUUGGUAUGGCUAUCUAUGGAGUCCUUUUGGUAUGCAUGAUUGUUGAGUUCUUUGUUGCAUUGGUAGCUGCAAUUCUUUGUCGCAGAGCUUGCUGCUCAUGUUGUAGAGGCUCGUCACAAUCAAGAGGAGUUGUUUUCCAAACUCAACCACAGUAUGUGACAACCCACACCGGACAAACAAACCAGGGGUACCCAGUAACUGCUGGUGUUAUGAAUCCUGUUUCCUACAACUACCAACAACAGCCGCAAUAUCAACAGGAACAACCACAGCUGGUGCAAAUUCCUCCAAAUUCUCAGGGAAGCGCCCAAUCGGCGUAUGCCCCCCCAUCACACACCAAGGAAGUACCUCCCCAAUAAGUUGGGUUGAGUCAUUUUACACAUACUUUGCACGCAAUAUAAUUUUAUGCAGUUAUUUUAUUAAAAGAACUUCAUUUGAGGAAUCAAGAUUUUUGACGCAUGGUGCAAAGAAAAAACUAGUAAAUGUGUCGUGAACUGUGUACGGCGUCAAUAAAACGACAAGAUAAUAGAAGUUAAUAUAAAGGAAGAAAGUGUUUUCUAGUAGAAAGACAGCAGAAUCUAAAUUUGCGGUUCCUAAAUUACAGCUUUAUUAAUAUUGUUAUUUUGCUUUUGGAAUCAUAUGCGGCAUCAUUUAAUUGACUUGUAUAUAAUUUUUAAUCCAACAUUUUCUCUGUUUGUGGCAUUGUUGUUACAGCUAAUAAGCUUUGUUUUCCAGCAGAGGUCCAUUAAUAAAAAGCAUCUGUUACAACAAGUUGUUAUUUUAAUGUAUAAAUAAAGGUUUUGGGUGAAGAUUUCAAAAACCACAUUCAUUUUCUUUAAACGGUUGACAAAAAGCUGCGACACGAAAACUAAUUAAGGAUAGUUGUAUGGGACCGUUGUGAAAAGUGAAUACUAAACUGUUUUUAUAUUUACACCACCCUUUUAUACAUGGAUAACUGUGUAGAAGUUACAUAAAAAGGUUACAACUAUUUUAUUUUGUCCUGGUUUCUCCAUGCAAAACUUGAUAUAGGUGUCAGAUGCGAUCGUCCCUGUCUGAAGCUGUAAUGUGCCUGAUGCUGUAAUUAUCAUAUAAAACUAAAAGGAUAAAUUUUUUCUCAUAUUUAAUAGUAUCUCAGUUCAAUUACAAACUACAGGAUUGUUAGUAGAGAUCUAAGUUACCUGUAUUUCAAUAGGAAAUAUAUUCAAGGCUUUUA